CACCACCACCUGGGGGCAAUAUUGCCUCCCUAACUCGCCGGCUGUGGGGGGAAUUCGACUACAUCAAAAUCAUCCACUGCACCGCAGAAUAAUAAUUUUAAAACAAAUCUGUGAGCAAAGCUGAGCAGAGAAUCAGGGCAGAGUUGACGGAAGGCAUGCGGAGAUCAAGAGACAGAGAAUAGCUGUGGUCUUCUCGUCUGUCAAGUCUAGCGUGCUGUAGUUGGUCUACGGCAGCUCCCCGCAACCAGCGCGAUCAGGGGAGGGACACUAGCAGCACCGCUUAGCCAGAGAAGGAGGGGAUCCACACAGCCAAAUUGAUGGUAGUGGGAAUCUGAGAGCGAAUACUCUUGACGAACAAGACGACUAAUCUACACUUCUAGCGCAGAGAGCGGCCGCGGUGAACCUGGAUGCUAUGGAGAUGUCUGAGGCGUUGUCACAGCAGGAGCGACUCCAGGCUUUAGCGGAGAAGAGGAAGAGACAGGCGGAGAUCGAGAACAAGAAACGACAGCUGGAGGAUGACCGCCGGCAGCUCCAGCACCUCAAGUCAAAGGCGUUGCGGGAGCGGUGGCUGUUGGACGGAGUGCCAUCUGGAGGCCCGGAGGAGGAUGAGGCCAAGAAACAGCUGCAGGAGGACGAGGCCAAGUUGAAGGCCCUAGAGGAGACCAUCAGCAGACUGGAGCAGGAGCUGGAGGAGUUGGAGACUGGUGUGUCUGCGACGUCCACCAAAGAAAAUCUGUCAGAUGACGCCAAGGAGGACAGUAAGACAGCAGAUAUCAAAGUCGCUGCUGCCUCAGUAAAAGAGGUCAAAGUGCACCAUAAAGUUCACCACAGCCCUCGUCUGGUGACAUCUGGAGAUGGCUCAGAGAUGAUGAGAGCAGCGAUGUACUCGGUAGAGAUCACCGUGGAGAGGGACAGGGUCACGGGCGAGACUAAGGUGCUCUCCAGUAACACACGGCUGCCCACAGACCUGCAUGGGGUCAUGGUCUAUGAGGACGCCAAUAAAGUUGUUCAUGAGGUGCUCGAGGUGGAUGGUGUGAUGGUGGCUAAUGGCGUGCACCAGCUCAGCUCACUUGAAGUGGAGGAGCUCAUCCUCAAAGCUGACGAGGCCAACCUCAGUGAGGACGGGGUGCCUAAACCUGCCCCCACCCCUGACGAUGCCUCCCCCACCCCUGUCCCCUGCGUGGAGGCCGGCAGCUCACCCCAGAAGGAGAUCACCGGCAUGGAGACCAUGGCCGGGGGAGGUCCUGAGGCGGUUGCCGUAGGAGACGUCAGCGCGGACAACCCCGUCACCAUGGUGUUCAUGGGCUACCAGAGCGUGGAGGAUGAGGCCGAGACCAACAAGGUGCUGGGGCUGGAGGGCACAGUCAAGGCCGAGCUGGUGGUGAUCGAGGACGGGGAGGGCAAAACACCCAGCAGCGCCGCUGUGGCCCCAACUGCCCACGCCGACGCUGAGCAGAGCAAGGAGACCGUGCAGGAGCAGACUCCGCCCAAUGGCAGCACGGCAGAGCCAAUCAAAACCCCCCAGGAGAAGGAGGGGGCGGAUAACGGAGGAGCUGAGGCCACGGGGGCGGAGCUUAAUAACAAGGAGAAGCAGCCAUGCAAGUGCUGUGUGAUCAUGUGAUCAAGAGGGACACGCCCUCACUGGCCCCUACCAGGCACUGACUUUUAAUGAAAAAAAAAAAAGAAACACCCACAAACAUACAAACAAACAAAAACACAGCAACAACAACAACAACAA